CUCGGUUCUUUAUGGCUCGUUGAGCAACGACGUACGCGAAAUGGCCAUAACUUUCACAUGUUCGGUCUAAAUUUUUUUAAUUACCUCAGGAAUUUUUAUCUAAGCAGUUAAACGGCCGUUAUCCCAGUUACGAAGGCCGGUUUAUUGGCCCCCACGAGUUCGAAUUUAUGCGUUUUCGCUGUACGGAAGCGAAUUUAGGUUUAUUUCGAAUAGAAUCCUGUUUUAAUGUUUAAGUAAUUAGUGUAACCCAAAACGAAAUUUAUUUAGAAACUUAUAAAGCUUUAAUAUUUAAUUAUAGUGACAUUAAUCAAAUAAUAAGUAUGACAUAAAAUAUAUAAACGUCGUAGUUUUUUUUGUAAGAUUUUAUUUUAAGAAAACCAAUUUUUUGUAAUAAAUAAAAUGUCCGAUCCAUUACAAGCAACACCCCAAAUUGAAGCCGACAAAAAUUUGGUUCAAUUCAAGAGUUACGACGAUUAUUUAGAUUCUUUGGUUACCGAAAUCGAUCAUUGUUACUUGGAAAAUGUAACAACAACAAGAACGAUAGCUGAAUUAGGAUAUAGAACAUCAGGGGAAACGCUUACAAAAGAAAAUUUUGAGAGACGUCUCGCCGUGGUUUUGGAUUAUUUAUACCCAAAAAUUAUACCCUACAUUCUCGUUUCUGAAAAUUGCGAAUUAACAAACACAUUACAAAAAGAAUUAUCGUUGCGCGAGAACGCAAACCGUUUAGGGAUUAUGGGAACAAUAAUUUUUUUAAGAAUUUACACCAAAAAGGGACACGAAGUAUCCGGAUAUAUCGAUUACGCCGAUAGUUUAGCAAAUAACGAUUGGUUGCCAUUUUUUAAAGGAUUAAAACCUUUACAACCGAGAAUUGGCGAUCUUGGUUAUUACGAUUGGAAAACCAAUAAAUAUACUUAUAAAGAUUCACGAAAUUAUAAGAUUGUCGUUGAUCCAGAUAUCGGACUUAUGUUUCAAAAUCGUUUCGACCGGAAGUACAUAGUCGUUGAUCCCACUCAACACCCUGGACCUAAUAGUGUUCGAAUUCGACUCGCUACGGAUGAGAACGGUACGAUUAUCUUUUACGACCACAUCGUCAUGCAACGCAUCUAAAACGAACUGUGACACACAUGCAAAAUUAGAUUUGGAUCGAUAUCAGUGAGAGAGGAAGAAUAUCUAUUUGUCAAAGGCUUUAAUACUCUCAUAAAAGAGUUUUUAGAUUGA